AUGGCACUCGCAAAAGCCAGAGAUCAUCACUACGAAAGCAUCCCACGACGUCAUUUUCUCGUCACGGUCGGCUACCUGAGCAACAUCUGGGAAGUCGACGAACUCUGUUCCACAACAAGUGACGCAGUUAUCAGAAAGCUGAAAGCUCACUUCGGCAGAUAUGGCAUUCCGCUAACAGUGUUCACGGACAAUGCCAGCCAGCAGUUCGCCCACUUUGCGAAUGAAUGGGACUUCAAGCAUCACACCAGCAGCCCCCACUACCCGCAAUCAAACGGCAUGGUGGAGUCUGCUGUGAAAACGGCGAAGGAACUACUAACGAAAGCCCUCGAGAGUGAGCGGGAACCGCAGCUAGCUUUCCUUGACUACAGGAACACACCCCAGCAAGGAACACAAAUGUCGCCCACACAAGCAUUUUUGAACGCAGAACGCGAACCACACAACCUACAACGGAGGUCCUCCUGCAGCCGGGAUAUGGGACACCACAAACAGCAAAGCAAGCACAACAAAGGCGAAGUGCCACUUACUACAACAAGAGCGCGAAACAGCUCAGUGAGAUACAGCAGGACGGACUGUACGAGUACAGCCCGCGCAAGCAAGCACAAGCUCGCUGAGUGA